AUGUUAUUAAUCGAAUCAGAUACGAAAGACAUGGUUUCAUUAGAAAACGUCAGCGGUGCAUAUUAUAAAAGUUGUUCCCACAAAUAUGAAUGCCGUAUCUAUGUGCAUCCAGGAGAUUUCGGUGCUGCCUAUAUGUCAUUAAUAGUUGGCAUGAGCCUAUCAACUGUCGAGUACUUCAUUAAAAUAGUGGAUAAAUCAAAGCAUUCAGAGCUAAUAAAAGGGUUUAAAAGGGUUAGAUAUAUUGAGGGGAAGACAGAAAGUCAUACGAUAAAUAUAAUAGUUAGCUGUCCAAAGCGUUUGGAAUUUGGAGCAUGUAUUGCAGCAAAUAAGCCAAACUAA